AAAGUAGAAGCGGCCAAAAGCGGAGAUCACGCGGUGAAGCCCGGUUUGAGGCUACCAGUUUCUCAAAAUGGCGUCCGAAAAAUUGUUCGAUUCAAGAUGGCGUACGUGCGCGACAGCGACACGUCGCUGUGGCUACAUAAUAAGCUCGGAACGAGUAAUGAUCUGUGGUCUGGCUAUUCCAUAUGUUCCCAGCUAAACCAGGAUGUGUUAAAAAACAUUAGAGAGUGUUUCAUUGACCUACAAUCGCAGGUUAAGCUAAAACUGCUACUCUCCUUCCUGCACAUACCGCGACGCAAUGUCGAAGAGUGGAAGGCCGAAUUAGAGGACAUCCUGGAGGUGGCGUCCGCUGACAGCGACCAGUGGGUCAGCAUGCUCGCCGAGCUACUGAGGUCAUUUCCCGGCAGUGGGACACUCAACUUCAACAUCGAAGAGAACUCUGGUGUCUUUGUCGACCUCUGUAACGACCUCCGAAAGCUGGUGAAAAAGCAUGCUGACAAGAACAUCCUUCCUCUGGAGUGCCUCUACCUCAACAAACAUGCCCUGACUGCGUUGGUUGGCCAACUUCCGCAGCCCGUGAAGCACUUUGCUCUGAAGCGCAAGCCCAAGUCAGCUGCCCUCCGGGCCGAGCUGCUCCAGAAGUCGCAAGAUGCCUUGUCCAAUGCCAAGCGGAACACAUCAUCUUCAUCUGUGCCAAUUAGGUGUCGAGGGCUUACAAAGAACCUGAAUGAUUCAAGUCCCUUGAGGGGUAUUCCCAGCCGUGUGCCAACAGGUGGCUUCAAGACACCCACCAGUGGCAACCGCCUGAGCUCAGGUACUCCACUUAGUCGGUCCCUCACCAAGCCUCUGGGGAACAAGAAAGAUGGCGGCAUCAAGUUGCUGGACAUCAAUGAGCAGCCACUUGGUUACGGAAGGGAUGCUAAGCGGAGGAAAAAACCUACAGAGGAAAUUCCCGAGAUGCAGAAGAAAGACAAGGAGGCACCGACUACACCCACAACUUCAGCAGCACCUGUGACGCCAGAUUAUGCAGCUGGCUUGCUUUCAUCAUCACAGCUCUCGUCAGUGCCAGCCUCACCUGCUGCUUCUUAUGGUAUACCGGCCACAAGUACAGCCUUACCAGCCAUUGCUGCUAAGACUAAUCCACCAUUGCAAGCUUCAGGGGGCACUGGCAGCCAAGUUGGGACCACAACCAAGCCAGGGGCUACACUGGAGCAGGGCACUGCUGCACCAGCGCAACCACACGAGGCCAUGCCGCCCAGCACAAGUGUGGAUGCGAGCACAGGCAUGGCAUCGGCGGCGGCAACUGUGGUGGCCCCAACAACAAGCACCGUGGUGACGGUUGCAGCACCGCCCAAUGCAGUGGUACGCCGCACCACGGCCACCAUAGGAGAACUGGGUGCCCUGAACAGUGCCACCACCACUGCGGCCGUGCAGCACAUCGCGGUGCAGAAGGUGCAGCCCGUGGUGUCGCAGCAGACGGCAGUUGUGGUCACCACCCAGCCACAGCAGCGCGUUGGGCUCUCCCUCUCGUUGGACCAAGUUUCUGAAGCACAGGAAAUGUUCAAGAACUCCAACAAAGUGUCACGUUCUGAGAAGGCGCUCAUCCUGGGUUUCAUGGCUGGUUCCAGAGCCAAUCCUUGCCCUGAGCUUGGAAACCUGAUCACCAUCCGGCUGAGUGAAAACAAGGAAGAAAUUGUCCAGCCCAAUGGUACCGUGAAGCAGGCCAUCGUGGAGACACACUUUCAGAUGAACUACACCACAGGGGAGUGGAAGCGUGUGCGAAAAAUCCGGGAAGUGGAAGACUGAAAAAAAGAAAAAGAAAGGAAAGCUGGCUUCACUUGGUGAAGUUCGCUGAAGUUUUUUUUUUUUUUUUUUUUUGUGAAGUGAGAAUGGUCAGUGUCUUGAAAGGUGGUAUGAAUGACAGUGGAUGGCAGUGCGUUUUGGACGAGGCUCAGUGUGCUACGUGUUGCAUCAAAAAGGAAGGAGGAGGAUACAGAUGGCACGUUUGGUGCGUAAGGACACUAAUCUCCCUUUCCCCUCUUUUUCUUUCUUUUUUUUCUCUGGCAGGCAGCAAAAGUCAUUGCAGUUUUUAUGGUGUUGUACCACUUUGAUAAAAAGAAAAAGUGCCCUGAGCAUCUCUGUAGGAUUGUUUUCUCAUGCACUCGGGAGUUCUUUCCUCUCUCUCUCUCUCUCAGUAGUUAAAGUAUACAUGCACCUCCUGCAAUAUGUACAAGGUAUUGAAUAGAAAAGAGACAAGGAUGAUGUCACUGAGUGAGUGUCGUCUCAUGUAGACCCUUUUUAUCGAAUGCGCAGUGUUGAUUUUGGCAAGCUGAUCCAAACAGCAACCUUUUUCUUUAUUAUUAUUAUUAUUAUUUAAAAACAUUUUUGACUCUGGUACCUUUUUUCGAGCUUUGACAGGAAAUGCAGUUACCUGCCUUUGAUCUCAGGAGUGCCUUUGGUUGGCAUCGUAUUUGAGCUUUUGACAGGCAUGUGGCCACUCACAGAGGGUCCUUGUAUAUGCAGACUUUGUAAUCAUGGGAGACCUAUGGUUAAGAACCAAAUGCACUCUUUAACCAGACACCACUGAAUAUCGCUGAAUGCUCCACGCAUGUCAUUCUUUAUGUGUAUGGUACUCACUCAUUCUAAUUGCCUCCUCCUCCCCUCAUCUUUUUUUUUUUCAUUUGGCAUUCUUGCAAGGCAUCAUUGACUGUAAUUAGGAGCUCCAUGUCGCAAGUCCAUUGGGGGGGUUAGAGUGUACUAGAACAUGGAGAGUGUCCGGAACGGCCGCUCUUUCAAUGCAGUCAAAGUGAAGCCAAAAGACCAUAACGCCAUUGGGGGCGCUACGAUCAGUAGCGCUCACGCGGCGUGGUGCAGAGGUAGAAUGUCUGCCUCCCAUGCAAAAGACUGGGUUUCGAAUCUCAGCUAGUGGUAAUGUUUUUAUCUCUUUUUUAAUGCUUCAUGUGUUGAUGUUUAAAUUCUUUAUACUGCUGCUUAAUACUUGCUUCCGUUGCCAUGUGAUGCAAGAAAGAGUGAACUAUAACAUGGAGGAACAACCACAAAAUAAGAUUUUUUAAUAUCGAACGAUAAUUUUUGCAACGCCACCUCACGGAAAUGAACAAACCUAUCCCAACCAAAGCGUGGCCUCUGAGACCUGUACGCAUACACAAUCCUGCCAACGCUGGCUCGACAGGCUUCGCUGGCUGUGUUUUCCGUAGCCAUCGACGCAAUAGCGCUAAAGAAGUGAUAUUUUGCCUGUGCUUUCAUUCUUGCUAAUUAUAAACAAAACAAUGGACAUGAUGGUAUGCAUGAGCUGAGUGUAUGCAAAUGAGAUUUGUGCAUAGAGUUAGGUUUAAUUAAUUAACAGCGAAGACUACCUUUCUUGAACAGCGUUCUUUAUUAGCAUAAUACUUUGACUUUUCAAAAUAUUUACAGCAGUGCAUGCUUCUUGGCAUACCAUCAGCGAUGGGAGACUUCUCUCUUGGGGUGCAUUAAGUGUAUGAGUACGUGCGUUGACAAAGCAUAUGCAGUAUUUGAACCGUGCCGUUUCGCGGUCACCGAACGUUGGCUACUACAGCCCGUUUCCCUUUUGCGUCGAUGGCUUCGGAAAACACUGCCAGCGAAGCCUGUCGAGUCAGCGUCGGCAGGCUUGUGUAUGCGUACAGGUCUCGGAGGCCACGCAUUGGUUGAAAUAGUUUUGUUCAUUCCCGUGAGGUGGCGCUGCAAAAAUUAUCGUUCAAUGUUAAAAAAUUUAAUUUUGUUGUUAUUCCUCCAUGUUAUGGUUCACUCUUUCUUGCAUUACAUAGCAACGGAAGCAAGUAUUAAACAGCAGUAUAAAUAAUUUAAACAUCAACUCAUGAAGUAUUAAAAAAAAGAGAAAAACACUACCCUUUGCUGAGAUUCGAAUUGGGCCUUUUGCGUGGGAAGCAGACAUUCUACCUCUGCACCACGCCGCGUGAGUGCUACCGAUCGCAGCGCCCCCAACGGCGUUAGGGUUGUUUGGCUUCACUUUUGGAAGCUCAUUCCGGGCACUCUCCAAUUCUAGGUCACUCUAGGGUUGUCUUUAACCUUGUACAGUAUACAUCCUAGUGUGAUUAUGAUGAAGUGUUUUCCACUCCAUUGCUAUUUAGUCGCAGAGAUGACAAUUGGAUUGUGAGGCAGAAGGCAGACUCACUGUUUGUGUUUGGGCCUGUGUAUGAUAGUUGCUUUGCUAGUAACCUUCAGUGUAUAUAUGCACACAUCUGAUCCAUGCAUUUUCACCGCAGGUAAUUUGUUGUAUUCAGUCUCUUUCAAAACAAAACAUGCCAUUUGUAGGACACAAGGUCUGUUAGGCUAACUUUUAGAGUAAAAGAAAAAAAAACUGAUGCCCUCAAUUCCAUAUGGAUAUAUGAGAUGGCUUAUUUAUUUCUUCAUUCAGUGCUAUGUUGUCGAACUACGGAAGUGCUAUGCCUCAUGUGUUACAGAAGAAAAAGCCAUGUGUGUGCGACGCUUCAUAUAUCCUGAAACAGGCAUUGUGAGUGAAUGAAAUCCCACGAAUGCAAGGGCUGUGUGCUUUCUGGGGAGGCAUGUCAGUCUGUGCUUCCCUUUGAGUCGUUUCUUUCUUUGAAAUCGUACUAGUUGGAGUGCCGAUAUAACUGUGCACUUUAUUGCUGUAUAAUGUACACUGUGUAAUAUCCUCUUCCCUCAUGCUUAAGGUCCCAUGUUUGGAGAAGGAAAAAAUGAUACAAAUAAAUAUUUUCGCAAUGUU